AUGUUUCUGCGUCAAGUUCUCCGCGCCACGUCACGCAAGGAAUUCUCACGUCUAGGGACAAGGGUUGGCCGCAGGAGGCUUUUCGGCUCUGUCCCUCCUCCCAUUUCCCCUGCCACGCAAAGAUGGGCUUAUCCAUCCAGUGCAGCAAACGUUGGGCAUGAUGAGGUGUCCAAGCUAGCAUCGCAGUCUCUGCAUCCCCUCAGUCUCAGUGAUUUAGUGAAGCAUGGCCGUCCUCCUCUCUCUGCUGGUUCUCUGUUUGAUUCAGCAAAUUUCUCUUCGAGACUUCUUCCGGUCAGACUGGCUCAUCGCAUCCAAGCCUUGAGAAAUCUCCCGUUCAUCGUGGUGUCUAACCCGCAUAUCUCAAGAAUCUACAACAAUUACUUGCACUCACUUUCCACUCUCCUUCCAUAUGCGGAGCGACCAAUCAAGACAUUGGAGGAGGAGAUUAGAUUCACUGAGAUCAUGGCUGAUCUGGUCGGAACGCACUCUAACACCAUUCCCAUCCUGGCAAGAGGCUUUUUAGAAUGUCGAAAGUAUAUUAGCCCGUCUGAGGUGAAGAGAUUCUUGGACGAACAUUUACGGGCACGUAUAGGGACGCGUUUAAUUGCUGAGCAGCACAUCGCCCUUCAUUACUCAUCCCGGCUUCAUGGCGAUCCAAAUGUGCUGCCACAGAAAGACGAAUCUUCAAGCUACAUUGGUGUCAUUGACACCGCCCUCCGACCAGAAAAGAUAAUCAGAAAUUGCGAGUCGUUUGUGUCAGAGAUCUGUGAACUCAAAUAUGGUGUGAGGCCAUCGUUAGUGAUUAAUGGGGAAGUCGACACUACGUUUACCCAUGUUCCUGUACAUAUGGAGUACAUCAUCACUGAGCUUCUGAAGAACGCGUUUCGAGCAACGGUGGAGCACGGUAAUGAGCGUGAGCCAGUAGAGGUUACGAUUGCUGCAGCUCCAGCUGAGCUCCUUGGAAAGGGGAAUAACCAAGUCUGGACCACUACAGAUGAAAACAGUAUGCACAGAGAGCUCGGUGUGGACGCAGGAUCUGCAGCAACGGCAUCUUCGUCUAGCGCUUCCGCCGGGAACAUUCAACCGUUGCCUCUAGAUCAUUCGACACCUUGUGUUACAAUUCGAAUCCGUGACAGAGGUGGUGGAAUCCCUCCUGAGACUCUUCCAAACAUUUGGUCUUACAGCUUUACCACUGUCAGUGAGGACGAACCACAGGGCUCCGGGAAUCCAGCUAAUAGUGGAACUGUCGGCGCUUUGCAAACUAUUUCCAAUGCCGGGCCUGGUAGUAGUCUAGCUGGUCUAGGCUACGGGCUACCCCUCGGUAGGGCUUACGCGGAAUAUUUUGGCGGUGGCAUUGCAUUGCAGAGCCUCUGGGGCUGGGGUACGGACGUAUAUUUGAGUCUUCGCGGGGUUGGGCGUAUCCCUUGA